AUGAAUGGUAGUAACCCUCUUCUGGUCGCGAUUGCGUUCAACGUAUCCACAUCGUAUAAUGGCCACACCAAGCAGACCGCUCGUAAGUCCACCGGAGGAAAGGCUCCUCUCAAACAGAUGGCCACCGGAGGAGUGAAGAAGUCUCAUCGCUACCGGCCAGGAACUGUCGCUCUGCGUGAGAUUCGUCGUUACCAGAAAUCGACCGAGCUGCUGACUGCAAGUUGCCUUGUUCGUGAAAUCGCCCAGGACUUCAAGACCGAUCUGCGCUUCCAGAGCUCGGCCGUUAAUGGCCCUACAGGAAUCCAGUGA